GCUGGAGUGUGACAUAGAAUACCUGAAGCGGAGGUGGAGCCCGGACGGAAGCUUCCCGCACAUCAUCCAGGCCAUUGCGGACGUGGAACGGUCUCAUCAUGGCGACGGCGACGUUCGCAGGUGAUGAUCCGUGGGCAAUAAUGGACGAAGGCAGCUCUCCCUGGGAUGACGUACCCUCGCGCUCGCAUUCAGUCGCCGCAGUCGAAGACGCAGAUGCUCCGGCAGCGACGACCUCAACCUCCACAUUGUCAUCGAAAGCGACAGCGAUAGACGGGUCGAACGCAUCCGCCUCUGCCGCCCUGUCCAAGUCGACUCCCAACAUCGCAGCAGGCGUCCGACCUGCGCCCUCCAAAACACGAAGAGGCCGUGGUCAUGCCACCCUCACGCAGUCCACGACACUCGAAAGCCUCGAUAAUGAUUCCCUGGGACCACUGGGCCCAUUGGGCGUCGAGCCACCAGAUGAGCCCAUGGCACCGGCUCCGCCCGUGAAAGAGCUGGCCUCCAGACCGAUGAGAAAUACGGCAGGUUCGCGACCGUCCACUGCGGCAUCAGGCGUUUCCAAUCGCAGCGCAGAUCUGGAUGAUGAUCGUGCCGGUUUGAACGGCGGCCCUCGUCAGCCUCCUCCCGUUGAACCCGCGCAUUUUGGAGGCCGUCAAAGAUCUGCCCAGCCGUCGCAGCCCGUGGAGCAGGCUGCGAAGCCAACCUUUCACAUCGUGGUGGGCGAUCCGCACAACGUGGGAGGAGCUGCGAGCAGUCAUACCGCAUACAAUGUCAUCACCAAGACCACAUCCAAGGCUUACAUGAACCCCACUUUCACAGUGACUCGGCGCUAUCGCGACUUCCUAUGGUUAUACGAGAGAUUGCAUGACAAUAACCCUGGAGUCGUGGUCCCUCCGCCGCCCGAAAAGCAGGCCAUGGGACGCUUCGAUCAGAACUUCAUCGAGUCACGAAGGCAGGCUCUGGAGCGCAUGGUCAAUAAGAUCGCGUCACAUCCUGUCUUGCAAAUGGACGGGGACCUUAAGACGUUUCUCGAAUCGGAACAAUUCAGCGUAGCAAUCAAGCACUCGGGCAAAGACCCGCUGCUUGGUGGUCACGAGUCGAAAGGUAUCAUGUCGAGUAUUGGGCUUGGUGGCAGCUCCGGGGGCAAGUUUGUGGAGCAUGAUGAUUGGUUCCACGACCGUCGCAUUUACCUCGAUGCAUUAGAGAGCCAACUCAAAGCGCUCCAGAAGAGCACCGACACCGUCGUCGCACAGCGCAAAGGCCUUGCAGAAUCCUGUGCGGAUCUCCGUCUCUCCUUGCACAAUCUUGCUGCUGUCGAACUCUCACCGAGCCUCAGCGGACCUCUGGACUCGCUUGGAGAUCUCCAGCUGCGAAUUCAAGAGCUCUAUCAACGGCAAGCUAUGCAGGACGUUCUGACUCUAGGAAUCGUGAUUGAUGAGUACAUUCGCCUCAUCGGUUCCGUGAAGAAAGCCUUUGAGCAACGGCAAAAGGCCUUUCACUCGUGGCAUUCCGCCGACGCCAAGCUGAUGGAAAUCAAGAGGCAGCAAGAAAAGCUACUACGAGCUGGUCGCACGCAGCAGGACAGGCUCGGCCAGAUGCAGGCAGACGUUGCAGACCAGGAACGACGCGUCCACGCCACACGAUUAUUGUUCGAGGACAUGGGGCGCCUGAUGAGGACAGAGCUUGAUCGCUUCGAGCGUGAAAAGGUGGAAGACUUCAAAAGUGGAGUGGAGACAUUCUUGGAAAGUGCAAUUGAAGCGCAGAAAGAGCUCAUUGAGCUGUGGGAGACCUAUCUCUUGCAGCUUGACAGCGACGAAGAUGGUCCGCCACUGAUGCCUGCCGGUGUAGUUGCAGACGCCGAUGCCAGAUCUGAAGGCCACUCGCAGAGGGAGGCGAACCGAGCCCAGCUCGACGAGGAGAACGCGGACAGCCCAGACGACGAGCCGCGAAUGUCGGCACCCACUUCUCGAGACAGUGAUGACCUGCUCCGCGAUAGCAGUCAGGAUGCUCUACACGAGAAUGUCCACGACCCUGCCCACAUGGGUACCAGAGACGUGGAGGCAUGAUUUUAUGGAAACGCAGCAGCAGCAUAAUUUCACCAUGAUGGUAUGAAGACGGUUGACGCGACUGCUACAUCCAUAGGUCGUAGGGUGAGUCAAUUCAAACACAUCGUUUCUUCUGGGAACGUCGAAAAAUUCGUACUCAAAACAGUGCAUGGAAGCAGCGUCUGGUUGAGGUGACAAUAUCGUUCCGUACAAUCAUCUCCAAGGAGGGAGGGGGCUCUUAUGGGAAAAGGAAAGUGUGAAAAGUUCAGCACACAAAUGAUGCAUGUUGCUUUGCUGCUGAACGUUAGCUGUUUUAGCUGCAGCUGCAGCUACUUACUGCUUCUGCUUGAUCAUGCCUUCUCUUCCGCAUCAGCCUCAUAUAUGCAUCGAGGGCAUAAACAAUCACCUCCUAGUGCGCCCCGAGCCCAUUCACGUCGUUCCUUCACCGGCAAAUCGACAUCGCAGUAAUGAGAUUUGACUUCUUCGUCCUUGUGAAUUCCCGCCUGAGACAUGACCGUCUGCUGUCCGUGUGCGCCCGUCCACGCGACUCGUUCCCUCUUGGUCCAGAAUUUCAUGGCCCCGGCCCACUCCCAGCUGACAUUGGGAUCGCACGAAUGGUUGGCGAGACACCACAUGGGGUGCACGGCAGAGACUUCGGGGCCUCGAAUGGCGCGGCCGCCCAGGCCGGAGAGGCGAGCAGAGGCUGUUCCGCGGAAUUUGGCAUAGAGGGUGUUGAAGACCCAGACGUCGUAUUGAGGGUUGGCGAAGAUGUCAAUGUCCAUUUUCUCGAGCAUGUGGAAUGGCAGUCGGACGUUGUUCUCGAAGCUGAAUGGUAAUGUGCCGGAAAGGAGGCUUGGGCUAGCAGCUGCGUCGAGGUCGUGGGAGAUUGUAGUUUCUGCGUCAGGUGCUAGGACGAAGUCGCCCCAAAUAUAUCGAAUGUCCGGAAGCUCGAGAGGAUGACAUUCUUGCGUCUCUGCCAUCGCCAGAGCUCGAAGAAGUAACAGUGAGUACAACGAGUCCGCGGCUUGGGCUGGUGGCACAUCCUUCGCGAUGGCUUCUACAUCCUUGUCGCAGAGUGCAGGGUGGUAAGAGUCUCGAGCAUUCUCAAAACACCAGUCGCUGCAGAAGACGACUUCGCAUUCGGCACACACUACUGCUUGCUCCCAGUCCGCGCUACCGACCUCGGGAAGAUCACGGCUGCAGGCAUCGCAGAGUGCAUCCUGUAACUUGUUAUUCGCAGUGAGCAGCGAAGUCUCAUCCAGAAUGAUGUCUCCUGGUGUAAUGUCGACUUUGGCGAAAACACCAAGUUGGGUCACAGUCGCAGUCGCGUCGCCAUUUAACGCUGGGAGAUCGACAGCACGAACCUCCAAUUUGUCCGAUACGCCGCUCAUCAGCAUGUUGAUUCGUUCCAGGUCGGCGAUGCGAUCCGGUUCUCGCUUGUUCCAGGGAUAUAUCUCUCUCCGCACGGAGCCACGAUCAGGCCACUCGCUUGAGGGCGGGAGGGUGCCAUCACCACUGGAAUUCAGAGCUUCGGAAACUCCGGCAUGAAUGCGUUCGCGAAUACCGAGCAGCUCCUGGUCGUCGGGGUAGAGGGCAAGUCCUUGCUCAACGUACGAGUGGGCAGUCCGGUAACAAGUGCAGAGAAAGAGACUUCGCGUCAGGAUACGGUACAUGAUCAGGCGAUAAUGCAUCUUCAGCCAGAGGGUAAUCUCGAUGUCGAGUGAAGGGUCGAGCUCAGCAGCGACCCCACCAUUUUUGAUGCCAGCAUCAAUUGCCUGUCGAAUGAUCUUGAUGCGAUCCUCCAGCGGUUGCUCCUGGAUGAUUGCCUUUAAUGAUUCACAAGCUUCCUCGUGAUAUUCCUCGGCAUCGUUGUCCAACGCAUCGGACAGUAACAAUGCUUUGUAGGCCGAACCUGCUGCUAGAUCCGGAUACCCCAGGCCGAGGUACUCGAUGGCGAUCAAAACAUGGACGGGUACUGAAUACGGGUGGUCGGCGGCAUAUUCCCAUGCAUUGUCGAGCCUCGCCAAGCGAGCAUCUCUUUUCACAAACGUCUCCGGAUAGUGCUGGCUUGCUCUCAGCGCCAGUAACAGGCCGAGGAGGUCCUGAGCAUGGUCUGAAGACGAGGCAGGUCCAUUCGCAUCGGCCUGCGGAGGAUGGGCAGUGACCUUGCUCUGCGCUGCGUGAUGCCCGGGUACCGCCCUGGUGUUCUCGUUCGGCUUCGGUUUGUCCACUGAAGACUCUUGUGGUGCGGUGCCAAGGAGUCUAUACGAAGCCAAAGUCUCAUUCAGGCGGGUGAGCGCAGUGUCGACAUUUGCAAUUGAUGUCUGGUACUCGUCCAUUCUUUUCGUUGCCCG